CCGCUGCAGGACGAGACCCUGGGCGUGGCGUCUGUGCCCUCGCAGUGGAGGGGCGUCCAGGGCAUCGGCCGGGAGACGAGAAGUUGCCAGACAGUGAGCAUCGCCACCGCCGAAGCGUCUGUCCAGACCCGGAAGCAUGCAGACGCCGAGGUGCAGACCGAGGCCCCUGUGCCGGGCGGCGUGCUGUCUGCGGCCCAGCACGACAGCCCCGGGCUUGCAGCCUUUCUCCGCAGGGUGGAGGCCAUGGUUAUUCGAGAGCUGAAGAAGAACUGGCAGAGCCAUGCUUUUGACGGCUUCGAGGUGCACUGGACAGAGCAGCAGCCCACGGUCACGUGUCUGCACACCCUGGGCUACCCCCCAGCCCAAGGGCAGGGUCUGCAUGUGACCAGUGUCUCCUGGAACACCACCGGCUCUGUGGUGGCCUGUGCCUAUGGCCGGCUGGACGACGGGGACUGGAGCACACUGAAGUCCUUCGUGUGCGCCUGGAACCUGGACCGGCGAGGCCUGAACCCCUGGCAGCCGUCGGCGGUGGUGGAGGCGCCCAGCGCCGUCAUGUCCCUGGCCUUCCACCCCACUCAGCCGUCCCAUGUCGCAGGUGGGCUGUACAGCGGUGAGGUGCUGGUGUGGGACGUGAGCCAUCCCGAGGACCCGCUGCUGUGGCGCACGGGCCUGACGGACGACACGCACACCGACCCUGUGUACCAGGUGGUGUGGCUGCCUGAGCCCCGGCACCGCCACCGCUUCCAGGUGCUGAGCGUGGCCGCCGACGGGAAGGUGCUGCUCUGGCGGGCGGGCGGGGCGGGCCAGCUGGAGCUCACUGAGGGCUUCGCCCUGGCCACGCAGCAGCUCCCCAGGAACACCAAGCUAAAGAAGCCUCCCCGGGGAGAGACCGAGGUGGGCGCCACUGCGGUGGCUUUCUCCGGCUUUGACCCCAGCCUCUUUGUUCUGGGCACGGAAGGCGGCUUCCCGCUCAAGUGCUCCCUGGCGGCGGAAGAGGCCGCCCUCACGCGGACACCUAGCUCUGUGCCCUUGCGGGCCCCGGCGCAGUUCACCUUCUCGCCCCAUGGCGGUCCCAUCUACUCCGUGAGCUGCUCCCCCUUCCACAGGAAUCUCUUCCUGAGCGCGGGGACCGACGGCCACGUCCACCUGUACUCCAUGCUGCAGGCCCAGCCCCUGGCCUCCCUGCAGCUGUCCUGCAAGUACCUGUUUGCCGUGCGCUGGUCCCCAGUGCGCCCCUUGGUGUUUGCGGCUGCUUCUGGGGAAGGUGAUGUGCAGCUAUUUGAUCUACAGAGAAGCUCCCAGAAACCCACGGUUUCAAUCAGGCAAACCCAGGAUGAAAGUCCGGUCUACUGUCUUGAGUUCAAUCACCAGCAGACUCAGCUUCUGGCUGCUGGUGACGCCAGGGGCACCGUCAAGGUGUGGCAGCUGAGCACCGAGUUCACCGAGCAAGGAGCCCGGGAGACAGAGGACUUGGAGCAGCUGGCGGCAGAAGUGGCCGCCUGAGGACGGCAGGGCGGGGGCCCACCCAAGUCGGGCUGCGGGGUCCUAGCAGAGGCUGAAUGAAGGUGGCACGAGCUUCUGGG